AUAGGUUUUAUAAAUCUUGCACAUAAGCACUUGUAAACAUGGCGGCUAGCAGACGAACAUGGUGUGACGAGGGAAGAACUCACUUUGAAUAUAUUGUAGUUGGUUGUGGGGGAAUUGGCAGUGCUGCAGUUUACUGGCUAGCAAAACGCGCAAAAGCAGAUGUUUUAGGAAUAGAACAGUUUGAAUUGGGGCAUCAUAAUGGUGGCUCACAAGAUCAUUCAAGAAUCAUACGUUUAACUUACCAUGAUGAUCGAUAUACGAAGAUAGCACGUGAAACAUUCCAAACUUGGCAUGAAGUAGAGAAGGAAUCUGGUGUACAGUUGGUAUAUAAAAGUGGUGGUUUAAAUAUGAGUCGACGUGGAGAAGCUGAUCUUAUCAUGGAAAAUUAUGCUAAGGCUAUGGACGACCAGAACAUUAAAUACGAACGCCUGGAUUCUGAAGCACUGAUGAAGAAAUUUCCACAGUUCGAGGUUGACAAAGAUGUCAUCAGUUUAUAUCAGCCGGACGCAGGUCUCGUGGAUGCUGCCUUGGCUAAUUCUGUGCAUCUACAGCUUGCUAGAGGUUAUGGAGCAUCUAUACUUGCUAACGCACCUGUAAUACGUGUGCUUAGAAAUGAUACUGGACAAAUAUCGGUUCAAACUACGAAAGGGACGUUCACCUGUCGUCGUUUAGUAGUAGCUGCCGGUGCCUGGAUUAAUCAAGUCUUAGGCUCUGUAGGCGUACACAUACCAGUUACAGUUACACAAGAACAGGUUACUUACAUGGGCACUCCGUAUAUCAAAGAGUUCACCAAAGACAAGUUUCCUAUUUUUGUUUACCAUACCCCAGGCCAUGAUUUUUAUCAGAUCCCUGUUCAUGGGAAUGCAGCAACUAAAGUAGGCGCCGAUGCUUGUGGCGAGGUCGUGACCGCUUGUACCAGAACUUUUACUCCCAAUGCAGAGCUAGAGAAACAGUCGAUAGACUUCAUGGCAUCAAUAGCACCGAAAUUUAUAGGUCCUGUUGUACAAACUAAAACAUGUCUGUAUACUAUGACCCCAGAUAGACAUUACGUCAUAGAUAAAUGUGAUCAUGUUGGCUUCUCGGACAUUGUAUUCUGUUGUGGUGCUGGACAUGCGUACAAAUUUGCCUGUCUCAUUGGUAAAAUUUUGAGUGAAAUGGCGAUAGAUGGUCAAACUCAAUACGAUAUAUCUGGUUUUACCAAAAACAGAGAGGCCAUAACAAAUCCUAAUUUCAAGCCACUUUUCCAAAUGGCUGGUGAUAGCGCCAACAAAGCUAAACUUUAGUAGAGGACAUGCCGCAAUAAAACCCUUACCAUACAUGUACAUGUUUACUUACAACGUGGAUUAUAUUAAUCUACAUAACUAUAUUUUAGCAUUGUUUUUCUUUUUAAAAGAAUUGGAUGUUUGAAAUAAAUAUUUUGAAUUUCAAAAUCAUCGUCUAUGAUUUAUGCAUGAGAAUUAAACACUUCAGUUUUUUCUCCAGGUGAUAGGUAAUUGGAGAAUACGGUGCCAAUUAGCCCUAGUUUAUAAAUAUAUAAUUAGGUAUAUAUGCAGAUAGUUGGGCCUGAAGCCUGGACAGCAACGUUUUGACCUAAUGAUCUUUUCCUUAACCGUUUUGUCGUCGAUCCAAAUUAUCAGAACAGAUUGCGUUAACCCUGACAAGAGAGAUCUAGGAUUAAAGAAAAACAUGCUGAUAUAAAAAGGCUUCUAUGCGAAACGAACCCGGGGUAGUUUAGUCGAGAUACCUGUCUCUUCAGCAUGUUUCUAUGUUUCUAUGUCUAUUCUCUGUUCACUGAAUAUUGAACUAGAGUUGAAAAUUGACAGCUGGUUAGAAUCGAUUGUGCUCUAUUUCAUUGCAUUUCGAAUACACCACGUUUACUACUUAGUAUAUUAAUACUUUUUGUGUGAGUAUUUCAUCAUUAAAACCUCUCCACGCUUGUUUUUUCUUUAUACAGAUAUCGACUUUUUAUUCGUUUGAUAUUAAAUAAAAUGAUUACUUCAUUUCCGUAUUUCAUUAUUAAAACCUCUCCACACUUG